CCAUGAAAAGGUACGCUUGGAAAAACGGUUCGAAUAAUAUUGGCCAAGCAAUCCUAAACAAAUAUUGCCUCACAUCACAAAGAUGCUGCUGGUUACCUCCGAAAGCUGCAACGAUCGUAAUCGCUUUAAUUGGUAUAUUACAAAGUUCAUUACAUAUUUUAUUUUUUUUCACUGGCGCUGAUAUUCUCGCUCAUGCUGGAGUACGUGAAAUUAUUAUCCAAAUAAUUAUUCAUACUUACGCUAUUGUAGGUAUUUUGUUAUUUUCAUUACAUAUUUUGCUACUAAUCGCUGCAGUAAUAUAUAGCGAACCUUUAAUUUUAUUAUACCAAUGGUUUAUGAUUUUUUAUAGCGUAAUAAUUAUUAUUUUCGUUUUAUUUAUGAGUAUGAGUAGUGAUUUAAUUUCAGCUAUAAUUCUAUGCUCAUUUUAUAUCAUGUACUGGACUCUGUUUUAUAUUAUCAUUUUCCCCGUUAUAAACGGUUUCAGAAGGAAUAUACAUACAAUUGUAAUAGUGAUAACAUGA